AUGGAAAUAAGCAGUGAUUCAAGGUUAUGGGGGGAGGUCGUUGGAGACAGCUGGAAAUUGGAAGAGCCGGGUAAACCUGAGCUUGUUCCUAUGCAGUUGGAUGAUGAUUCGCUGGCAUUUUCCCCUCGUCCCGCCGUUAGUCGCCGCAAUGACCCUAGGUAUGAAAAGGGAACCACAGCAUUGGGUUUUAUUUUCCAGAAUCAAAUGGUAAUGUUAGUCCUUGAUCAUGCAAGUGUAUCAUCAUCCAUCUGGUGCAUUUCCCGACAACCUUUUGGUACUCAACUCGCACCUGCUUGCCGUUUUUUUCUGGAGGCAGCGAAAAUUCUCGACAAUUUUGGCUCAAACUGCCGGCGCAGGGACCUUACACUGUAUACAGUGAAUGGUAAGGGGGAACUGCUUGAAAGACCGUGGAUUGGAACUGGAUCCGCUUCAGGCCCCGUUUAUGGGAUGUCCAUGGUUGAAGCUACAGAGUUGGCCAAGAGUGCACUCUGUAUUGCUGCAUCUCAUGCACCUGAAAGUAGUUAG